UUAAUUUCGAUUGCAAGUCUAGUUUGUGGUUCAGUUUAGAUUCCAUUUACCAAAUGACAACAUAUGAAAAUGAAAUAUGCGAGGAAUAUAAAGCUGCUUUAGGGGAUCUUACAAUCAAUAGCAAACCCUUAAUAAAUAUGUUAACAAUGUUAGCUGAAGAAAAUACCCAAAUUGCUCCUCAAAUACUAAAGGUUAUUGAAGAUCAAUUGCAUAAGGCAAAUCCAAUUCACAAAUUACCUCUUCUGUACCUCAUCGAUUCAAUUAUAAAAAAUGUAAAACAACCUUAUUUAGAAUAUAGCAUUCCUAAUAUAGUGAACAUUUUUUGCCAAGUAUUUGAAAAAGUUGAUGAAAAAACAAGGUUAAUGUUGUACAAAUUAAGACAAACAUGGGGAGAUAUUUUUCCACAAAAACUUAUGUAUACCUUAGAUAAAGCAGUUCAAAAAUUAGAUCCUGCUUGGCCUAUCACAGCUCAGGUUACAAAUUCCACCUUGAUUAGCCCACCUGAAAUACCCAUCAAACUUAAGGACCCUGGUGAAAAGAAGAAUACAACUAUUCAUAUUAAUCCAAAAUUUUUUCCAAAGAAAACUAGUCAAGUUAUUAUUGAUUCUGCAAAUAAACUCAAAGAUCCCAGAUUAUCAAAACAAUCAAUUGUUUCUAAUGCACAAGUCUUGAGAGAUAUUAAAAUCAACAAUAAAAGGCUUUCGGAUAAAGAUGAAAGAGUCCUCAUUGAAGGCAAAAUCGAAUCCAAGAAACGAUUUCGGAAAGAAAACAAUAUCAGUGAUGUGGAUUACAGGGAUAACGAAGUGCAAUCCAACCAAUUUUCAUUGAUACCUCUUGACGUGGAUAAGAGACAGGAGGCCGAUUUGAAGAAAACUUUACUGCCAGGUCCUGGUAAGAAAAAUAAUAGUUUCGAGGUUACCCACAGUGACUCAAUCGAAUCAAUGGAAAUAUCAAUUUCCAAACUUAUAAGAGAGACGUCAAUGCAGGGAAGAAAAGGUGCGCUAGAUACGGAAAAGCAAGCUCAAAUUCUUAAAUCUGCGGCCUCUUUAAUGGAAGGCGGGAAAUUGAGCUCAUUGCAGCACAAAACUCUCAUUCAGCAACUUCAACAAAUUUUUGACCUCUUCAACAGAAGAUUUAAUUUUGGUAAUCACAAUAACGCGAAUAAGAAAUCUCCACCACAUUUGCCAACCAGUGGUAAUAAUGGCAGGAACAUCAUCCAAAAUCAAAAGUUCAACAGGAAUAACGCCUUCAGAAUUCCUUUUGUAAAGAAGGAGCAGAACCAUAAAGGUGACGUUGACAAUAGAACAAACAUAUCUCCAUCCAUAUUAUCUCCCAAGCCUAAUAAAGAUUGUCAAAUGGUUAUAAUUGAUGGAGUCGAACGAGAAAUUCAUUUUCACGAAUCGACUGGACUAGUUUUAAUGAACGACGAUUUACCCCACGUUAUCAGCUUUAAAAUGAGGUCACCUGACCCUACCUUCAAAACAUUACUCUUGGGAGAUAUCAGGGAAAAGCUCUACAAAGACCGCGAAAAUCUGAUAUAUUUGAACGGCAGACGACAUUCCUUUAAAUUAGGCGCCCCUUCGAAAGAAUUGUUUAUAGAUUCCUUCCCUUAUCAAAUCCAUUUCGGAUCUAGUUCUGACGGCGAUAAUGCUAAUGUUUUACUUGACGGGAAAGCUCAUAGCAUCAAACUUUUAGGACCACCUCCCGAAGUUGAAAUAGAUGAUGAUCCCUAUUAUGACAUGACAAACGAAACAUUCGAAAACGUAUCCUGCAACCAUUGCAAAUCCUACCUCGAUAAUUAUUUCCUCAAAAUAUCCGAAAGCAACUCCAAGGUCACUAUCCCAGAACCCUCGCCUGUUGUUGUAUUUUCCUGCCAAAAUAACAUCGACUACCGUGUGGACGAAAUUCCUAAUAACAUAUUGUUACCACCCCCGCCGCCAUUUUUCAUGAUGAACAAUGUUUCUUUCCCGAGUCCUUACACACAUUCAUUUGCUCAAUUCGGCCCUCUCCAACCAGGAUACCUUAAUCAAAUGUCUCAAAUCGCCAUAGCCCAAAACUUCAAUUACGAAAAUCGUAAUAUUCAAAAUUCGUCUUUCAACCAAAAUAUUACACUUCCUCCUGUCAGUGUGGGAGUAACUUCUUUACAUUCCAACCCUCCUGAAACAUUCAACCCUCCUGACACAUUCAACCCUCCAUCGACACCUCAAGCAACCGAAAAUGCAAAUACUAUAGAUUUGAAUGGCAUCCUGUCAAAUCUAGUACGUUCUGGUAUAAUAAACGCCAAUAAAUCUUCGAAUGAGGACAUUUCCCGACAAAACGAAGAAAUGAAUGAUUUGAGCGAUAAAGGACUCACUCUAGAGAUACCAGAAUUAGAUAUUUGCGAUGUUAAGGCCCUCAAAGUCAAAUAUCCCGGUGUCAUAAACUCACUGUACAAUGGUUUUCAAUGCGCGUCUUGUGGACGUCGUUUUUACAAUUCCGACUCAGAUGUCCAAAAUAGAAGAUAUGCCGACCAUUUGGAUUACCACUUUAGGAAAAACAGAAAACUCAAGGAAAUAGGAGGUGGAAUGGGUUCUAUCGCCCGAAAAAUGGCGGUCCGAGCUUGGUAUUACCCUGUAACCGAUUGGUGCCAAUUAGAGGAGGUAGGUGAUUUCCUGGAAAAUAGCGCUCAAGGCGGAGAAAACGCCCGGAGCGAAAUAUUCGAACAGCUAAAAUUGACACAACAUAAAGCAGACUCAUCGUUACUUAGUGCUGCCCCAAUGAUUCCCGAAUCAGUGGCAUCUAUCCUUCGUCCAUCAGAUUCCACUCAUUACAAUGAGUAUCAAACAAAAGAUAAUUUCAAAUUAAUGCUCAAUGAUUUACAAAACAAAUAUAUCAACCAAGCCAAAUUGGAAGAAGAAACUGAUAAACGAUUUGAAGCCAACCCUAUAGCAGGGGAAAACGAUGCUUGCGAAAUAUGCCGAGAAGUAUUUGAUCAGGCCUGGGACGAGGACAGAGAAGAAUGGGUUCUUAAGGAUGCCAUGCGAUAUUUAGAAACUGAAAAGUUAUAUCACCCUUCAUGCUGGGAGGAAGAAAAGCCUGUACUCCAAGAAGAUCUCAAUGAGAAUAUUGAAGUUGAAAACGCACUGAAUAUCAAAACAGAAAUACCGGAAUUGAACGCUCUCGAUAAUAAAACUACUGAAAAUGAAACAAUGGAAACUGUUUCCGAUUUUACCAUAAAUAUAAAAACAGAAUAUAUAGCUGAAUGAAACAUACAUAGGAGCUUAACUAAGGGGGCGAAAACACAGAAGAUUCCGCCCCAGGAUCAAAUAUAUUUUUCAUAUUUAUUUAUAAGAUUUUUGAAUUGAAUAUAUGAUAAAAUUAUAGUUUAUUUUCAUUAUUUUAUAUUUUAUAUCACAAAAAUUGGAAGAAAAAAAAUAAUGAUA